AUAAAUCAAUCUAUUCCCCCACCAUUUCCACUCACCCCUUCUUCUCUCCCACCCCCAUCUGCAACCAUGAAGCUCAUUCCCAUGGCUAUCCUAUCCUUCUUCGCUCUCAUUUCCAUCAUAUCCGCCAUGGAUAUGUCCAUCAUCAACUACGACGCCACCCACAUGACCUCCUCCGCCCCGUUGCGCACCGACGACGAAGUCAACGCUCUAUACGAGUCAUGGCUCGUGAAACACGGUAAAACCUACAACGCUCUCGGCGAAAAGGACCGGAGGUUUCAGAUCUUUAAAGAUAACCUUAGGUUCAUCGAUGAACAUAACUCGGGUGACCAUACGUAUAAGCUUGGGCUGAAUAAGUUUGCAGAUCUGACGAAUGAAGAAUACCGGAUGACGUAUACGGGUAUUAAGACGAUUGAUGAUAAGAAGAAGUUGUCGAAGAUGAAAAGUGAUCGGUACGCUUACCGAUCGGGUGAUGCGUUGCCGGAGUUUGUUGAUUGGAGAGAACAAGGUGCGGUAACAGAUGUUAAAGAUCAAGGAAGCUGCGGAAGUUGUUGGGCAUUCUCAACCACAGGAUCUGUAGAAGGGGUCAACAAGAUUGUGACCGGAGACCUGAUCUCUGUCUCUGAACAGGAGCUUGUGAACUGUGAUACAUCUUACAACCAAGGGUGCAAUGGAGGUCUUAUGGACUAUGCUUUUGAGUUCAUCAUCAAAAACGGUGGUAUCGACACCGAAGAAGACUACCCGUAUACAGGCAAAGACGGCAAGUGCGAUAAAAACAAGAAAAACGCAAAGGUUGUUACCAUCGAUAGUUACGAAGAUGUUCCAGUCAACGACGAAUCAUCGCUUAAAAAGGCGGUUUCAAACCAACCUGUAGCCGUUGCGAUUGAAGCCGGUGGCAGGGAUUUCCAGUUCUACACUUCGGGUAUUUUCACCGGUUCAUGUGGAACAGCUUUGGACCAUGGGGUGUUAGCUGCAGGAUACGGGACGGAAGACGGUAAAGAUUACUGGCUUGUGAAGAACUCAUGGGGAGCGGAAUGGGGAGAAGGCGGUUACUUGAAGAUGGAAAGAAACAUUGCUGACAAAUCAGGGAAAUGUGGUAUCGCGAUGGAGGCAUCGUACCCUAUUAAGAACGGCGAUAACCCACCAAACCCUGGUCCAACUCCACCGUCCCCGGCUGCACCCGAAGUGGUGUGUGAUGAAUACAGCACCUGCCCUGAAAGCACAACCUGCUGCUGCAUCUAUGAGUACUAUGGCUACUGUUUCGCUUGGGGAUGUUGUCCGUUAGAGGGUGCUUCUUGCUGUGAUGAUCAUUACAGUUGCUGCCCACAUGAUUAUCCAAUCUGCAAUGUGCGCCGUGGUACCUGCUCGAAGAGUAGGAACAGCCCAUUGGAGAUUAGUGCAACCAAGAGGAUUCUUGCGACACCGACAAAGUUGAAGAGGAACUAAGAGGGAAACACAUUUGAUGAUUUACUCCAAAUCUGAUGGAUACUUUUGCUUAUCAGAUUUGUUAUUUGUAAAUACUGUUGCAUUUGCAUUUGAAUUCCAGUAUUUCAUUUGAACACGUUAAUUAAAGAUCUCUAAUUUUAUAAAUUUGGUGUGUUGCAAUCC